CAAAGAAGUUUACUACCGAAUUUCAGUCAAAGUUUAACAUUGAAAGAUAAUAGGCGUGUUUUUCCCACAAUCCUUUAAGUUAUACGAUUAUUGAGGAUAUGCAAUUCAAGAGUGAGCAAAUAAAGGCAGUAUCUUCAUAAUGACGCGCUCCAGCACCACAGAGAAACAACCGUUACGCAUUAAAAUUGGAGCUACGCAUCAACAACAGGCCCUGAACCGCGUGCGAACCACCAAGUAUACUUGGCUAACCUUUGUCCCCCUAAACUUCUACGAACAGUUCCGUCGAGCCGUCUAUUUCUACUUUCUAAUAAUAACGAUUAUAUCGUUUUUCGUUAACGAUACUAUAUCUCCAUUAACAUCACUGCUGCCGCUGCUGUUCGUUAUGAUAGUAACAGCGCUGAAGGAAGGUAUAGAGGAUUAUUCACGAUCGAAAAACGAUAAAAUGGUUAAUUCAGCCAAAGUAACAAUUAUACGAAAUGGAAAGGAACAGUGCAUCGAUUCGGAAUACGUACAACAAGGCGAUCUGGUGGUAGUGACUAGUAAGAGCUACAUUCCAUGCGAUUUGGUAUUGCUUCACUCGUCUUCGGAAAAUAACAUCUGCGUUGUGAACACGGCGAACUUAGAUGGCGAAACGAAUCUUAAGCCAGUCUUUGCACCCACUAACUACACCUACGAUUUGGGAGCCAUUGUUAACCACUUAAUCCACAUAGUAUGUGAACGCCCAACGCCUGAUCUCUACAACUUUAAUGGACGUAUAGAAACGCUCACAAAUGGCACAGACAAUCCUGAAGCAAUACCAUUGACAAUCGAGAAUCUUCUGUUACGUGGUGUACGCAUUCGAGGACCAGAGCGUGCGGUAGGCUGUGCCAUUUAUACAGGGAUGUACACAAAACUCCAACUAAACAGCCGCUAUACGGGCAACAAAUCCGCCUCUAGUGAGCACUACAUCAACAAAUUCAUUAUAGCUCUGAUCGUGGGAAUGGUAGUUGUUGUUCUAAUACUCUACCUAAUCGAACGGUAAGAGCAUACAUUUUUUUAAAACUUAC